UCUAGGACCUCACUCAUCAACACCACAGUGACGGUUUCACACUCCAGCGCCCAACGUUAUAUACGUUCUUUUAAUCUAUGGACAGCAUGCUAUUGUAAUUUUAAUAUAUCGUCACUUUGAUCUAUUGAUUACCAUUCUCUCGGCUUUGCGACGCUCCUGGAGGUGCGGUUCGUCGACUACCCAGCCUUCCUCUCUCAUCGUCCAGAGAUCUCUCCAGUCCUCCAAUGCGUCGAGCUACUAUACGAGCACUACGAACUGCUCGUCGCGCUCAUAUCCAAACCUUCCAUAACAGUCGCGGUGGCCAUUCCUCGCAGUAUGUGCAAGGAUUAAGGUCCGCUUCAACCUCGAACCGACGCGAACCCUUGCCAGCGCCUUUGAAGUCUUCCAUGCAUAUCAGAAGAAUAUCUGUGGCGGUUGCAUCGGGUCUGGUUGCUGCUGGAGCUUGGUACGGUUACAAGGGAUCUGCCACAUCGGAGUCAUCAAAGGGGCAAAGCCAAAGCCUCACUACGUCCGCCUAUUCUGGCGCGAACGCGGCGGAGACCAGUACGGUACCAUCGGCGAAUACCCGACAAGCGGUUGUGGUGACUGCGGACUCAAUCUACACCGGAUCUAUUGAAGGCGACGAACCCAUCUCAAAAUAUACCGACAACUCUGGUCGGAAGGUUUUAGAGAUGCUCACUGCGGAACAAGCGACACAGAAGCUGCGGACAAACGAAGAAUCAUACUUUGUUGGCCGUGGCCAAGGUGUUGUGAGAUACGAUGUGGUGCAAAUUCCCAGCAAUGACCCCAUCGAGGAUGAUCACUCCGAGAAGAUAGUCGAGGUGCCUCAUGCGGUUGCCACCGCAGAAUCAGGGAACCCUAGCAGCGACUGGAUGUUCUGGGGUGUAUACGAUGGACACAGCGGGUGGACAACUUCCGCCAAACUCAGGCAAACCCUUAUUAACUAUGUCGCCCGCGAAUUGAACAGUACAUACAAAGCUGCGCUUAUCGAUCCUACUCUUACCUCCCCUACCUCAGAAGCUAUCGAAGCUGCGAUUAAGACCGGCUUCAACAGACUCGACCACGAAAUUGUACAUGAGAGCGUUGAAAAGGUCAUGAAGGCAAACUCAAAGCUCGCCGCUGCUGAGAUGCUCGCCCCAGCCCUUUCAGGGGCCUGUGCUCUCCUGUCGUUCUACGAUAGCAACUCCAAGCUCCUCCGAGUCGCCUGCACCGGUGACUCGCGCGCAGUUCUUGGCCGCCGAGGCGCUGGUGGCAAAUGGGUCGCAACCCCAUUGUCCGUCGACCAGACCGGAGGUGCCCCAGAUGAAGAAGCCCGCCUCCGCAAGGCCCAUCCGAAUGAGCCGUAUGUCGUCAAGAACGGCCGCAUCCUCGGUGGCCUAGAGCCGUCUCGUGCGUUCGGUGACGCGAUCUACAAGUGGUCCCGCGAAACCUCGGAGCGCAUGAAGAGGUCUUUCUUUGGCAAGACACCGUCUCAUCUCCUCAAGACGCCUCCGUAUGUCACUGCUGAGCCGAUUGUCACCACCACGAAGAUGGAGCCGGAAAACGGAGACUUCGUCGUCAUGGCCACGGAUGGAUUAUGGGAGAUGCUCACGAACGAGGAGGUCGUCGGCUUAGUCGGCCAGUGGAUCGAGAAGCAAUCGUCUGAGAACAAGGGGUCAUCAAACGGCUGGCUCAAGCUAUUCAGCUCGCAGGAGAAGGGACUGCCCGUCGAGCGUUCGACAACUAGCAAGUCAAACGAUGGACAGAAGACACCCAUCAGACAGCAGCAAUGGGGCGUCGAGGGCGGCGAGAACCAGCGCUUCGUAGUCGAGGACAAGAACGUCGCUACGCAUCUUGUCCGCAACGCGUUAGGGGGUAAGAACGACGAGAUGCUCCGCGCACUGUUGACCCUCCCUGCGCCCUACUCGCGCAGAUACCGUGAUGAUUUGACCGUCGAGGUCAUCUUCUUCGGCAACACCCCCAAGACUGGCAACGUGACCACCAACGAGGACGCUACGGCUCCUAUCUCUGCCAAAGCGAAGCUCUAGGCGAGCUAUUUUGAAUACUUUCCGACUUUCCGCGGUGCUCCUAGACCUCGGGAUCUAAAUCUUGACGAUAGGGAAGGCUGGUAGGGAUAUGGGACGUUGGCUAGUAUCCAAAAGUCGUGAUAGAUAUAUCGGUGACUUGUGGGUCACGAAACGAUUAGAUAGAUAGAUCUCCCAACCUCGGCGAUGGGUACAUACCACACCUAGGCCAGAUAUCAAGCACGUUUUUCCCAAG